AGAUAACGUACAUUUCAACUUCAGAUUUCAACGUGUUUUAGUUCCGAUUUAUUAACUGCCAUGGCGUUACUUGACCCAAAAUCGUAUACUGAUAGUGUGCUAGUCGUCGGAGAUGGUAACUUUUCAUUCACGGUUUGUUUAGCGUCAGCGUUAUCAAAGACAUCUGUUAAAAUCGUUGCGACAUCGUUCGACUCGCGCACAGCCUUGGCGAGUAACGAGUUCGCACUGGAAAACAUCGAGAAACUGUCCGCGUUUGAAAACAUCGAGAUCUUACAUGAGGUAGAUGCAACAGAUCUUCGUCGGAAAUUUGGUUCUAGAAAGUUUGAUCGGGUGAUCUUUAAUUUUCCGCACACCGGCGGAAAAUCAAACAUCGCCAAAUCGAGAGAUCUGUUGGAGCGGUUCUUUGCAAGCGCAGCGCACCACGUGGAACGGUUCGAAGGAGAUAUCUGUGUAAGCCUCUGUCAGGGACAGGGGGGAACACCCUUAGAUAAUCCAAGAAGAGAGCUUGGAAACUCGUGGCAGGUUGUUUGCCGAGCUGCAAAGGCUGGUCUUAUUUUAAAUGCUGUGUAUCCAUUCAAAAGUGAAGAGUAUACUGCUUACAGAAGUGCAGGCUUUCGUGGACAGCUUGGCAAAGGUUUUCAUACCAUAAAUGGGCUCACUCAUGUGUUUGUCCAUGGAGUGCCCCUGGAACCAAUUCCAGACCUGCAGUCUUUCAUCUCAAAUUACAGUAGCAUUCUGGACAGUCUUUAUGCUGUGGAUGGCCUCAUCACUUUUCUUAACAAUCCCGUUUGUAAUUUGGUCAAUAAACUCAGAAAAUUCUUUGGAAGUUACAAUAUUUUUGACAUGACUAUUUGGUCCGCACAAGAUUGCUGCCAACCAGAUGAUGUAAGUAAUUUAAGUGAGGAGGCAAAGAAAUUGAAUGUCAAAGAAAAAGCAACAAGGAUGGCUUUCAAAGACUCUGAGAUGUCAUUUACAACCAGAGUCAUCACAAAGCUUCAAGAAGAAUGUUGUUCCUUUGUGUUAAGUGGCACUGAAAUUGAUUUCUGUCUCCCUCCAUCGUCUCAAACACACCCUGUCAGCCACAAAAUGGUAGCAGUGCAGACUUUCACAGAACCUAUAACAUCUUCAAAACUUCAAAGUGAUGUGAACAGUGUGCUAGAAGUGUUUAUUGAAGAUAUUUGUUCUUCUGUCAAAGACUUAAAAAGGGAGAGUGGUUGUCGAGGUGUGACACAGAAAAAUUCCCUUACUAAAUCAAGUUCAGCAGAGUCAGAGACAAGCCAGUUAAAAAAUGGGGUACAAACAAGAUUUCAACAUGUCAGGUGUGCAUCUGGCACAGGCAUUGGAUGUCAUUGUAGAAACCAAGAUGAUCCAAAGAAGUGUAUUUAUUGCAGGAUGGAAAAGCACUAUUUAGGGCAUGAUAACUCUCCACAACUAUGCAUCAAUAACCUUAUACAACCCUUGACAUUGACUAAACUAUAUCAUAAAGACAUGCUGCUUGUAUCUUGUGGUAUUUUAGAUGUCAGCAAGUCUCCAAAAGUUUGUUGUGGUUGGUUGGUGGAAGUUAGUAUUGAUAACUUGGCUUUAGCUUUGUGUAACAUUCCUGACAUAAGACUUCUUUGGUCUAAAGAUCCAAGGUUUCAAGAACAGUUUUUAAGCCAAGAGAUGCAGGAAACUUUUUUAUCUGGAGUCAGAUGGUCUGGCAGACUGAAAGUAAGGCAAGAAUAAAAUCAAUAGGAGUAUGUGUUCUUUGCUCCGCCUAAAUGUAAGUAUAGAGAGCGAGAUGUUAAGUUGGUUUGAUGAUCUUAAUUAUUCUGUUCCUCAUAACCUUUGAAUUGGUUGUUAUUAUAAGUCUCCGAAUAAGCGCCCAGGUGCUUAUUUAAAGUUUACUUCAAAGAAAAGGAGGGGUACAUAUUGUGAAGAGGAGGCACUCAUUAAGUUAGCGUAGCAAUAGGACAUAAAUAGUUGUAAAUAAUGUGGCAAGAGAAACAGGAUUACCUUCUAUCCUUACUAUUUACCAACGUGUGGAAUGAGGGGGCGGUUGUCUGACAUUAUGGCUCAGUGAGUAGGCCCUUAUAUGGGGGAGGGCGCUUAUUAGAGCGUCGGCGCUUAUUCAAGGAAAUACGUUGCACCACAGCGUUCAAAAUGAUAUGGAAGGUACCGUAGUUGGUGACCAAGACCAAAUAUAGAUCAAAUCAAAAUGUGUUCGCUUAUAAAAGCAUUGCUGAAUUUGAAAAUCAUGAGGCUAGCAUAGUUGUCGGCAAGGGAAUGUUGUCAACUGAGUUGAUUUUAGUUACU